GCAUGCCGGGAGCUGUGGUGCCGCCUCCCUAGCAACCAUAAGGCUCUGCUAGCAACAAGAGGGAGGAGAUCAAUAACAUCCGCCCUGUCCGUGUCACCAUCAGCUGGUCGUCGUUCAUGAAGAAACACAUCAGAUGUUUGAUCGUUUCUAAUCAAAGAUGGAGAACCAGCAGGCAGCGGACGCUCGCUAUCUGAAGAGGAGAGUGAAGGGCUGCACCGUCGACGUCCACCCGACGGAGAGAGCCCUCGUCGUCCAGUACGAGGUGGAGGCGACCGUCCUGGGAGAACUCGGGGACCUCAUGGUUGGAGAGCGCAAAGAGUGUCAGAAAAUAAUUCGCCUGAAAAGCCUGAACGCCCACACAGACACGUCCUCUUUGGCCAGAAAGGUCGUGGCGGAAUGUCGCCUGAUUCACCCGUCCAAACUCAGCGAGGUGGAGCAGCUGCUCUUCUACCUGCAGAAACGCAGAGAAUCAAACGACGAGCAGGAGAAGACACGUAUCACACCUCGAGACUUCACACCUUAUGCAGGAGUAGAGCUGGACGAGGUGGCGAGCAUCAACAGCAUUGAUGAGUACGUGGAGCUGCUGUACGAGGACGUCCAGGAGAAGAUCAGAGGAGCCACGCUCAUCUUCCAGCUCGCCCGUAACCCGGACAACCUGGAGGAGCUCAUGCAGAACGAGCCGGUCCUGGGAGCGCUGGCCAGAGUUUUGAGGGAGGACUGGAAGCAGAGCGUGGACCUGGCAACAACCAUCACCUACAUCUUCUUCUGCUUCUCCAGUUUCUCCCAGUUCCACGGCCUGGUCACACAUUAUAAGAUCGGUGCCCUGUGUAUGAACAUGAUCGAGCAUGAGCUGAAGAGGUACGACCUGUGGCAGGACGAGCUGCAGAAGAAGAAGAAGGCCUAUGAAGAAUCCCCUGAGAACCAAACCCUGAAGAAAGACCACGAGAAGUCUUUCAGGAAGUACCAGAGCCUGCUGAUCAAACAGGAGCAGCUCCUCUCAGUCGCUCUGUGUCUGCUGCUCAACUUGGCUGAAGACACUCGCACAGAGCUGAAGAUGAGGAACAAAAACAUCGUCCACAUGCUGGUGAAGAUCCUGGACCGGAGAGACCAGGACCUGCUGCUGCUGGUGGUCUCCUUCCUCAAGAAGCUGUCCAUCUUCCUGGAGAACAAGAACGACAUGGCCGAAACAUUGGCGGUGGAGAAGUUGGCUGGGCUCGUUCCCGGCUGCGAGCACGAGGAGCUCCUGGGCACCACCCUGCGCCUCCUGCUCAACCUCUCCUUCGACACCACGCUGCGCGGCCAGAUGGUGCAGGCGGGACUCAUCGCCAAACUCUCCUCACUGCUCGCUGACGAGGCCCAGAGACAGAUCAGCAUUUGCAUCCUGUACCACAUCAGCAUGGACGACAGAUUCAAGUCCAUGUUUGCUGCCACAGACUGCAUACCGCAGCUGAUGAAGUUGGUGUUUGACUGCGGGGAGACGAUGGACAUGGAGCUCAUCUCACUCUGCAUCAACCUGGCCGCCAACAAGAGUAACGCCCAGCUCGUCUGUGAAGGUAACGGUCUGAAGAUGCUGAUGAGGCGUGCUGUGAAGCGGAAGGAUGUCCUGGUGAUGAAGAUGAUCAGAAACCUUUCUCAGCACAGCGGAGCCACAAAGAGCCUCUUCCUGGACCACGUUGGUGACCUCGCCGCUCAGAUCAGUGAGGAGGAGGCCGAGGAGUUUGUGAUCGAGUGUCUCGGCACGCUGGCCAAUAUGACCAUCCCCGACCUGGACUGGGCUCUGGUCCUCAAGGAGUACAACCUGGUGCCCUACCUGAAAGAUCGACUCAAACCAGGUGCUGCUGAGGACGACCUCAUCCUGGAGGUGGUGAUCAUGAUCGGCACCGUGUCCAUGGACGACUCCUGUGCUGCCAUGUUGGCCAAAUCGGGCAUCAUUCCUGCUCUCAUCGAGCUGCUCAAUGCCCAACAGGAGGAUGAUGAGUUUGUGUGUCAGAUUGUCUACGUCUUCUACCAGAUGGUUUUUCACGAAGCGACCAGGGACGUCAUCGUCAAAGACACUCAAGCUCCAGCGUACCUCAUCGACCUGAUGCACGACAACAACGCAGAGAUCCGCAAAGUGUGCAACAACACGCUGGAUAUCAUCGCUGAUUACGACCAGGAGUGGCGCAAGAAGAUCCAGUCGGAGAAGUUCCGCUGGUACAACGGUCAGUGGUUGGAGAUGGUGGAGAACCGACAGAUGGAUGAAGCAGGAGAACCCUUCGUGUUCGGGGAGGACGGAGAAUCCUUCAUCGGGAACGAAGACAUCCUGGAGAGACCCGACCUGUUCUACAGCGCCGAUGGGAUUCUCUCAGCAGACGGUGCAAUCAGUCCUGAGUUCUACAGCGACUUUCAGAACGGACAGCUGGCUCAGAGCGGAUACAUGAACAGUAUGACGGAGCAGUUGGUCCCGACAGAUCGACCCGUCAGCGCCUACGGCUUUCGCCCUGAUGAACAGUUUUUCCUCAACUACAACAACGGCUCCUCUCGGUAAAGCAGGAAUGUCUCACUCUCACACACACACACACACACACACACAGUCACACAUUAAUGCUGUAUGAAUAUAUUCACUCUGUACUUAUCAGUAUCAAUGUGUCUUACGCUUACAUUACGCUUUAUAAAAGACAUUUUUAAGUAGUUGAAGAACAAAUGCUGCGUAACAAAGUUCAAUGUUCUGAUAAUAAAUGAGGCAGCUGAUGAUUGAGCACUGAAGAUUGUUCUGAUUUUACUGUCCUGUUUGACACGAGGGAAUGUUUUCCUUUGAACAAAAACUUUUCUGCGGUGAUUCAGAAGUCUGAUAUUUCUGAUUUUGUCAACACAUCUCACACGCAGACCCAAAACCAGCAACAUGUCAGCCCUUCUUUCUUCACUUUCUGAUUUCAUUUGUCUCUCUAAGCUCCGAGCUUAGGGUUGUCAUGAUACCAGAAUUUUGAUAAAUAAUCGAAAACCUGUUCAAUACCUCAGGAACAAAAUGUAAAGUUCUUGUUUUAAAUUAUCAAACAUUGCAGGCAAACUCCUGCACACUGUCUCAAAUGUACAAAAACAAUCGCAAAUUUCGGUUAUGGAGAGGUUGGCAACUUUUUUGUGCAUUUUUGACAAGGCAGCAAUUGAAUUUAUAAAGCAUAUAUAAGGUGUUUCAGCUCUCAGCCUGUCGUUAGUUUGACUGAAAGUUAGACUGAGACAGCAUUUCCAGCACGGAGACCGCCAUCGAUGGGACUCCAGCGCCCCCUGCAGGAGCAGACGGGUGACGUCACUCAGGUUGCAUUCUUUAAUAUUUACAGUCUAUGAGUUGAAAUUGCCUAGAAACAUUGGCAACUUUUUGGUACUAAAAACUUUGUACAAUUAAGACAGUGUGCAGAAGUUUGCCUGAAAGUUUUGAAGGAUUCUUUUCCCUCCUACACACACGUCUUAUGAAACACGUGUAGAUGUAAGUUUCAGUGCUUUUCGAUUCCAUCAAUCAUCGUUUAUAAAAUCUCAUUACACCGAAAAUGUGAGACUAUAAAAUAAAAAGUGCUAUUUAUGUUCUUGUUUUGCCUUAAACACACACACAUAUGGAAUCACUGCAGUAGUCUAGCUUAAAUUGUCGUCCAUCUUUCUGUGAAUGUAAUUGAAGAAGAAACGUGAACUGCCUUUGUUGUAAACUGUGUUCUGAAUUAUGAAAUAUGAGAGAAACUGCUGUUUGAUUUUCUUAUGUCUCCUUGAUGGCGUCUUUGAUGUGCCUGCUGCUGCUGCUCUGCUCGGGCCGGCUGAAACACGAGAUGCUUCUCUGAGCCGAGAUAAAUCGUGUAAAUGGUCGGAGCUUUAUUGUCGUCAAAACUGUAUUUUAAACGGUCGCAGAUGUUGGAUCACUCGCAGCUUUUUGAUAUUUCUGCAUCCAGUGUGUGUCUGUGAUGAGUUAUUAAAAUGUCGUGCACCGUAAAUAAAUAAUCAAAGCAUC